AUCAUGCGUGAGGCUCAGACGAUGAUCCUCAUAGACCAUCCUAACGUCGUGAAGGCGCUCUGCUCGUUUGCAAAUAACCAAACGUUGUGGGUAGUCAUGCCAUACAUGGCUGGAGGAUCUUGCCUGCACAUAAUGAAAUCGGUCCAGCCAAACGGUUUCGAGGAAGCUGUCAUUGCGACGGUGCUUCGUGAAGUUCUGAAAGGCUUGGAAUAUCUUCAUCAUCACGGGCAUAUACAUCGCGAUGUCAAGGCAGGAAAUAUCCUAGUUGAUUCUCGGGGUGGAGUUAAGCUUGGAGAUUUUGGGGUUUCUGCUUGCCUUUUUGAGUCUGGUGACAGGCAGCGGGCCAGAAAUACUUUUGUGGGAACUCCUUGCUGGAUGGCACCUGAGGUAAUGGAGCAACUACAUGGAUACGAUUUCAAGGCAGACAUAUGGUCCUUUGGAAUUACUGCACUUGAACUUGCUCAUGGUCACGCUCCUUUCUCAAAGUACCCUCCCAUGAAGGUCUUGCUUAUGACACUUCAGAAUGCUCCCCCCGGUCUUGAUUAUGAAAGAGAUAAGAAAUUCUCAAGGCACUUUAAGCAAAUGGUCGCUAUGUGUUUAGUAAAAGAGCCUUCAAAAAGACCGACUGCAACAAAAUUGCUCAAGCAAUCCUUUUUCAAGCAAGCUCGUUCCAGUGAUUACAUUGCUCGAAAGCUUUUGGAAGGAUUGCCUGGCCUUGGUGCUAGAUACCAAGCUUUGAAGGAAAAGGACGAGCAUUUACUUGCUCAAAAGAAAAUUCCUGAUGGUAAAAAGGAAGAAAUCUCGCAGGAUGAAUACAAAAGGGGUAUCAGCAGCUGGAACUUUGACAUCGAUGACCUGAAAUCUCAAGCCUCACUAGUUUCAGACUGCGAGGACGCAGUAUCAUCAAAAGAUACAGAUAUAUCGUCUUUCUAUGACUCAGACACUAACUUGCAGGAGCGAACACAAGACGGGCCUCUGUUUUCAGGAGGCUUCUCAAUAAAGUAUGAUACUGACAUCGAAAAUGAUGUCAUGGCCAAUGAUAAGUCAGCUGUUUCAUCACCUGAGCAGUCCGUUUGUCUAUCAAGGAAUGCAUCUAUGCGUGGAGUUCCAAACGGGGUGCUGGUGAAUGGCCAUGUCAGGAAACGCAACUCUAUGGAAAACUGUGAUUUGGACUUGCAAGAGAAAGAUUCUGAUGCUAUUCCAACAAGUUCGUUUCAUGAAAGAAAGUUUUCUUUCAGUUCUUGCUCAUCUGAUGGAUUUCUUUCUUCCAAAGAGAGCUCUAAGCCGCAAAUCAACAUUCAUAAUCGUGACAAGGGUAACGGAGGGGCCUUGCAAGUAGCAGAUGAGCCAUCUCCUGAAGCUAUUCCGAAGGCACUUAAAUCAUCAGUACCAAAUGUUGAUGAACAUGAUGAUAGAUCGAAGCCUCCACUUAUACAGCAAAGAGGUCGUUUUAAAGUUACACCUGGGCACGUCGAGCUGGACAAGGCUCACCCACCUGGACUACAAAAGUCUCACAGCAUGCAGGCAAUUUCUCACCUUCCUGCAUUAAGCAUACCAUCUUCAGCUGACGCUGCCUCAAGCAUUGUUGGUGGCUCAUUCUACAUCCAAUUAUACAACGUUCUGCAGACAAAUAUGCUUCAGAGGGAACAGAUACUUCAUGCGAUGAAGCAGAUAUAUGGUUCCGAUUUCGCUUCACCUGUUUGCACGUUAAGUCGCUCAGCAUCUCCAUCAUCUACAUUAUCGGUAGACAGAUCCAUGCUGGAAGCAGCACAAGAAAAGGAGAAGGAACUGCUCAAUGAGGUCCUGGAGCUACAGUGGCGGUUAUUGUGUUCACAGGACGAGGUGCAGAGGCUCAAAGCAAAGGCAGCGCAGAUCUGAUCAGUGAUUAUUGUUGGGGAUGUUGCUGCUUGAACUCGAGCUGCGCAUGGAGGGUUAUGAAUGCAUCACCACAUUAACAGAAGGAACAGGUUUGUUGUGGACUUCAGUGUAGGAGAGAGGAAAACAAGAUACAGAUGAUAGAGUUGGUUGCAAGCCUGCAACAAGGCAGUAGUGCUGCAGUUAUUACUUGUAUCUAAAAGAGGAAGCUAACUACUCGUAUAUCUUAGUGUUAGAUACCAAAUGUGUACAUUCUCACUGAUGAAUGGUAUGGUGCUUCAGGUGAGAUUUGUGCUUCCUGUAGUCACCUAAAAAUAAAAUGGUAUGGACGUAUGGUGCUGAUUUUUGUUGGAGCGA